AUGACUUUAAAAAAUUUGCAGCGUGAGCAUGAUCGUUUAUGGAACGACAUUCAAACGAUCCAGAAUCAGUUCCGACCGAAACGACAAAGCGCUCCUCUUACCGAAACAAAUCCAAGCUCAUAUGUUGAAUUUCCUCGAGGUUUUAUACCAUUGCCACUCAAGAUGUACCAGGUGGUGGAAGAGGAUCAAGGCAUGCCUCCUGCUAUAAGUCCAGUGGAGCGAACAACGAAAACAACCGUUCCAUUUAUGAUAAACGAUCAUCGAAUUCCGUAUCAAGCCUCAUAUGUCGAGGCUAAAAACUUAGCCGGUGCAGAUAAAUUUCAUGCGAUGCAGGAAGAACUGGGAAGACUGGUUCAAGACGCUAGCUCAGUGAUGUUUCGAACUGAGCUAUUCGAUCCAAUGCAAUGCCAAGGACCUCCCGGACCACCAGGCUUGGACGGGACAGAUGGAGAGGAUGGCCAAGAUGGAAUUCCAGGCCUAGAUGGCGAUACUGUGCUACAGAUGAUAAUGAUGCCCAGUGAUCAAUGUCACAUAUGUCCACCUGGGCCAAUGGGAGCUCCUGGUGGUCAAGGACCUCAAGGACCUCCGGGAAAAAGAGGACCGCGAGGGGCACCGGGAGCGCGAGGACAGGAUGGGAAAAAAGUUGUUGUCGCUGGGCCACCGGGUGAUCCGGGACCUAUUGGAGUUCCAGGAGCAGUUGGUCCAGCCGGACCCUCCGGAAAUGAUAUUACUACAGGAAUCGGUGCACCGGGACCGAUGGGAUCAAAUGGACCGGAAGGAGAAGCAGGAGACGUAGGUCCGCCGGGGCAGCCAGGUCCCCAAGGUUUGCAAGGCCUUCCUGGUAAUGAUGCCGGCUACUGUUCUUGUCCAACGCGACUGAGAAAUCAGAUAAGCGAUCCAGAAGUUUUUUAUGGACCACCUGCUUAUCCGAUGCCGCCGGUUAGUAGCAAAAUACACUAG